CCCUGAGCUUGUAAUUUCUUUCAGCUCCUUUUUUCCUUGCUUUUUGGUAUUUUGAUGAAAUACAUUUAAAAUUUCAAACAAGCCAAUGAUACUGAUAAUAAUGAUGAUUACAAUGUCAAUGAUCAAGAACAAAUAUGUCAAUUAUACAAGUAAGGAGCAGGACUGUCAAGACUGCCGUUCCGCAAAUGGGGCGCCCACAAUAAGGCAAGUCAGAGGUAAGCAGUUAUAACCAGUUGAUGGUCAUAUAUUGAGCCAUAAAUCUUCUUAAUCCGAAGGCUUUGGAUCUUUUGACAGUUGUUAUAAAUACAAUCUCGCCAGCGCUGAUAUUAUAAAGAAUUACCUCUGACCACUCAAAGGGCAGGAAUUGCAAAAAUAUUUCGUGAGGUAAGGUAUACUACAGUUGCUGAUAAGCGCUCAUGAAAGGAUUAGUUUGAUUAUGAGGAUCAACUAAUGAAAUUCAAUCAUGUACGUUUUUAAAGACGGCUUGACUUUUCUAGGCAUUUCCUCAAAUUAAAACUAACGCAGUGAGUAGAGUCAAUACAAAGAAACUUCACAAGGAUUCAUGAUUUAUAUGCUGAAGCGAUAUUUCGAAGCAAACUGGCAUUUUCGUUCGAAUUUUUGCAACGACUGCGCCACAUAUCUACGUGGUUUUUACAUCCUUGGGAAUGUUGACAAAAUCCAUGGACAUCACUGUCUCUUAAGGUCUCUUAAGGGCAGUCAGAUUUAUGUUGCUCAUGUAUAAAAGUUGCCAUAUUUCUAUGACGUCUCCUUAGACAUGACUGUGCUAAUUACUGUUAAACUUUGCUUUUUUUUUUCCCUUGGAAGUGUACUAGGAAGCUAUGACUUGACCCGUUUUGUGGGAGUUGCACCCAACCCCAUGCAAUGGCUUAUAACUGUUAAACAUGAUCGCAAAUUAGAUUGUUAACUUGCAUAAGAACACAACACAAUGACCUGGCUGGGUGUUGAGAAGCCUGGACUAUCACCUGGUCUCCUGUGCCCUGUUUCAACCACAUUGUUAGUACCAAUCUUUUAGCUGGUAGCAAUAUUCAUGCAGGCUGGUGAUGGUUUAGGUGGUUAUUCAGUCUUUGCUUCAUAGGUAUGAAGCUGUAAUCCUGAGUUGCGAUACCACACAACCCAUUUCCUAGAAGAUGUCAGUCAAAAUGGAGGAUUGGCCUAAAGAGAAGCAGGUCUUGCUAAGGAGUAUUAAAGAAAAGGAGGAAAGGUUAAAAGACUUUGAGAAGGUUAGAGGCAAAAAAAAACAGCAAGUGACAGCAAAACACACAAUAAGCUAAUGUGCAAGAGGACAUUUGGUAAUUCGUGAAGGGAAAAAAUAUAAGCAUCAAUGUAAAUUAAACCAAAACCAUAGAAAUCACAGCAACAAAUUUGAGUGGAAGAAAUUUCAAUAGGAGCCAACAUGAGCAUAAAGAAAAAAAAGCAAACUGUGUGAAGGGCAGAAAAACAUGAGUAACCAAGUUGUGAUUGUUUUUAGUUUUGGAUCCAAUUUGAUGUUUGUGGUGUGCAAGUUCCCUGGACCAAUCAAAGACUGUUGUAAAGCAAAAACAAAGAACGUAUAAUUUCCCUAAAUUGCGUAUUGGCUAUUAACUGGUCAUUGAGGUGAAUAUAAAAUCUUGUUAUUUUUGCAGAGGUUCCUUCCCACCAUGAUAGAAGAUGAACGACUAAUUUUGAGGGUAAAAAAAAUGCAUAUACAGUUAGUUGUUAGAUCUUUUUAUGUCAUUUGUAUUAUUUGUAAAGAUUGUGGGUUUCAUUGAGAUGGUUUGAUUGAUUUUCUCAGUCAUGUCUUCUCCCUGUUGCAGUUUGCUUUAAAAUAGAUUAGUUGUUUUAACUCUUCAGUACAAACAUUUACAUGACCUUAUAUUUGUAACUUUUUAAAGGAAAAGGAACUUGAAAAAGAAGUUGAUGGUGUGAAAUCCAAGGUAAAAAGAUGUACCUAAUUUUAAUCAAUUAGCUUGAGUUAGUAUUGAGUGGUACUGGUACUGUAAGUUAUGCUUGUAUGAAUGGUCAUUUUUCUGUGUCCCCUUUCCCCCCCCCCCCCUCCUUGAUACACUUGUGGUCUCCAUGCUCAAGUAAUUUAUCAUUUAAUUGUUAAAAUUCCAUAUUAAUUUUUUUCUCUGUUGCAAGAGAUGGUUAAUUGUAUUUUUUCUUCUGUUUGUUUGGUGCCAUUAGAUUGCCACUUGCAAGCAAGAAAUAGAAGUUUUGAAGUUGCGGAAACAACUGAAGGUUAGUUACUCUGACUAUAUAUAGAGGGCAUUUUGAUUGAGUAUUAUAAAAUGGACAUAGAUGAUCAGAAUAAGCUAAUGAACACUUGGAGUAAAAACAAGAAAAAUUCUUGAGCUAUCAGAAAAUAUGACUGUUAGAGGACUUUCUCUGUCAGUGACAACUGAUCCCCCUCCCCCCCCCCCCCCCAGAAGCAUGUGAUUCCAAAAAUCUUCCAACCCCUCCAACCCCCUCCACCCCUCCACCCCCUCCACCUCCUUCACCCCUUCCCCCCUUUAGGUGGUAAUGAAUAAGGAUGAACUUCCCCAAGGCAAAUUGAAGAACUGGAAUUUGCUCCAUUUACGAAACAAAGAUAAUGAUAUGUCUGAUUUGUUAAGCAAAGGGUCUUUUUGAGGACGAGUAGUUUCAGAGUCAAUCCAGAGUCUAGCAUUCCUGAAGCUUUUUUUCACAACAACAGAAAAAAAGUUUCCAACAAGGAGUUUGAACUUUUUAUCACUUAAUUCAAUGGAAAAGUUUUAUAACAUUCCUUUAAAUUUAAAGCACCUGAAAAUUCCUGUGGCAAGCCUUAACCACUUCUGUCAGUAAUUAAAAGUUUUCAGGACUUGGUAUGAACUUCUUUCCUCUGAUUUGACUUGUCUAUUUUGUCUUUCUUUUUACUUGGCAGGAACUUGAAGAAGAAAAUGAAAGUCUAAGCUCAAUACCGUAAUUAAGAGAAUAAAAUUAGCUACUCAGUUUAACUUUCAAUUUUGUGGUAACGAGUAAAUAAACAAUAGCCUCCAUUUGGCACAAAAAUAUGCACGGAUAUUUGUCCGCACACAUUAUCUGUCCCGAAAUGUGAACAGUUUACCGAUAGCAAAGCUCGAGGAAAAUGGUGAACUACGAGGAACAGAUUGUUUGUUGUUUGUUUCUUGUUGUGAAGAGCAUAAUUUUGCGUCAAAUGGAGCAACGCCCAAGAAAAAUAUUUACGAACAGCUAAUUGUUUCCUGCGUGGGAUAGUUACUUUUCAUUGUCCUCUGGUACAACUUUAUAAAAAAAAUAAACAUGUUCAUUCCUCUCUAACAAGAAAAACCCCCUCUCAUCUUGAAUUAAAUUUUGAACCAAUAGUUUUAUCGUUGUGGAUGUGAGGUUUGAAAUUUGGAGAACAUCACUCGGGGUAUAUUUGGUAAAUAAACCCGAGAAAUUGCCCAAAAAAUGAAUCUUUGGCCAAGAAGCAAGGCUUUGAGGGUAAAUUUGAAAUUUUGAGGACAAUCUCUCAGCCAAGGGCAUUAUCAGGCGACAUGCCAGCAAGCUAGGAGGGGGAUAUUUAUUUUAUUUAUUAUUUGUAACCCUCUCAUUAAUUUUUGUAUCGUGCGUAUAAAAUAAAGUUUCGUUAUCUUUUUUGUACUUUCUAGAGCAGCAUUUGAGAUCAGCCUUUAAUUCCCAACACCUGUGGACUCUACAAAAUAAGUUCGUUUUUCUCCCUUUUCAAGUAAUUAAGUCGAGAAAGUGAAACUGUUGGGCUUUUUACGUUGGCUUUCUCGCUUUUCGACGGAAAUAAUCGGACAAAUGUUAACAUGGGGUUAUUGGCUGAUAAUUGUCCGUUGAUUUUGUACCACGUCAAAUAAAGUAGGUAACAGAGCUGCGCGAAAAUGAAUGGACGGGUUUGAUAUUGCACAUGUCGAUAGAAAAGAACAUUAUAACCUUCUCUUACGAAAACAAGAAAUGACAUUCGUAAUGUAGAAUGUACAAAUUCCCUUCGAGCAUUGCAGCUCUGUGAUCUGCACAGGGCGUGAGAUACAUACAUUUUAACUAAUGUGGCAGACAAUAGUUAACCAGAAACGGUAAAGGUUUGUUUAAAAUUCACUAGAAAAUAUUCA